AUGAUCAGUACCAAGCAGCGCCAGCAGCUGGACGUGCUCGAGCUGCACUUGGACGAAGAGAACCGCGUCAUUAUUUGCAAGCUCUGUCAAUUUGCCAUCAAGCCAGCAGGAAAUCGAGUAACACGGCAUCUAGCUGACAAGCAUGGCAUCUCUCGCCACGCCCGAGUUGGGCUACGCAAGAUUCUCACGAUAUUGGAGCUGCCAGACCCAGCAAAGCUGCCACCACGACCGGACGGAUCGCCGCUGCACCCAUAUCUUGAGCGACGCACAUGUCUAUGCUGUAAGCUCUGUGCUUUCAAGACAACUAGCUUGGAUCUUAUCAGCCGUCAUAUCCCAAAGACCCAUGCUGAAAUAUGCCGACCGGGCCGUACGGGGGUCUGGAUCCGCGACUACAUCGACAGCACCAGCAGCUUCCAGAGCUGGCAGGCCAACGACAUCAUGAACGCAUGGCGCAUUGAUGUUCCCGUCGCGCCCAAUAGCGAGGGAGCAGGUCUGCAGAGGCUGGCUGCAAAAGGCACAGAACCAGACAUGGUCGAUCCACGCGAAGCGCUCAUCAAGCGCAUUCGAGAGCAGGAAAUAAGAGCAUCGUCAGGUAUUGGAGAGAACAGCGAGGCUGAUCCCGCGCUGUCGCAACCGGCGCUCAUGACAAAUUGGAUGCGCCGCACAAGAUGGCACCAGACGUUCUUGGAGGCGGAUCGUCCUGCGCUUGUUGCGCUCUCGGCGCUGCCGCACCCAUACCAGCAUCAACGGCCACUGCGCAUACAGCUAAGCAACGCGCCGUGGAUCGGCUGA